AGUGCGCAGGUGUGUGGACGUCUUUUGGUCUCCGAAUAAAGAUGGCGGAGCGUGGUUACAGCUUUUCGUUGACUACGUUCAGCCCGUCUGGGAAACUUGUCCAGAUUGAAUAUGCUUUAGCUGCUGUAGCUGGAGGAGCCCCUUCAGUGGGAAUUAAAGCUGCAAAUGGUGUGGUAUUAGCAACAGAGAAGAAACAGAAAUCCAUUCUGUAUGAUGAACGAAGUGUACACAAAGUGGAGCCAAUUACCAAGCAUAUAGGUUUGGUGUAUAGUGGCAUGGGCCCAGAUUACAGAGUGCUUGUGCACAGAGCUCGCAAACUAGCUCAGCAAUAUUACCUUGUUUACCAAGAACCCAUUCCCACAGCUCAACUGGUACAGAGAGUAGCUUCUGUGAUGCAAGAAUAUACCCAGUCUGGUGGUGUUCGUCCAUUUGGAGUUUCUUUACUAAUUUGUGGUUGGAAUGAGGGACGACCAUAUUUAUUCCAGUCAGACCCAUCAGGAGCUUACUUUGCCUGGAAAGCCACAGCAAUGGGAAAGAACUAUGUGAAUGGGAAGACUUUUCUUGAGAAAAGAUACAAUGAAGAUCUAGAACUUGAAGAUGCCAUUCAUACAGCCAUAUUAACCCUAAAGGAAAGCUUUGAAGGGCAAAUGACAGAAGAUAACAUAGAAGUUGGAAUCUGCAAUGAAGCUGGAUUUAGGAGGCUUACUCCAACUGAAGUUAAGGACUACUUGGCUGCCAUAGCAUAAUAAUGAAAUGACUGAAAAAUCUGGAAUUUCAGAUAAUCUCUAAACUUAAAUAUGUUUAAAGUAUGUUUUGUUUUGCAAACUUUUUGCAUACUUAUUUCUACAUGAUUUAAUGGAGUGGUGUUUUUAAAAUGAUACUUAAAUCAUAAUAAACUGUUAAAUUCAACUUCAGCUUUUUAGGAGUCAGUAAAAUCUUAAAAUAGUUAUUACCUGAUUUUUAUCACAGUUGAUUUCUAAAAACUGCAUCUCAAAACACAAUGGUGAGCUCACUCUUUAGUCUUCAGGCAAUUUUGGUUAAAUCAAAUCUUAUUACCCUCUUUACUUCCAGGUGUCUAUGCUUCAGUAAAGUAAAACGCUGAUUUUGAUAAACACUAUUUUUACAGCUGAGAGAAUCUGCCGACAUUCAUGGAUUAGACAAAGUAGGACGCAUAGAUGUUACUAAGCACCAUUAGUUGGGGCUCACUAAAACCCUAGGAUGUUCUGUGAAAUAGCGCUGGAGCUUAGAAGAGUGCUAAGCCAAAUAGUCUCCUAUAGGAGGUCACAUUACGUAAAUAAGAAGGAAAUUGUGUGCUGGUUCAUGUUAGUUUCUCUCUCACAAGUAGGUAAAUGUAUUGUAAAAGAGCUCUGGUUCUACUAGACUUGUUUGAUGGAAGGAUGAAUGUGCCAGAAAUAAAAUACUAAUAAUUAAGAGUCAAAACUAUCGUUUAAGACUCAUUCAUGUAAUCUCAGAGUGAUCAGAACCUUUCCUGCAAAUUAAGGUUCAUACAGGCAAGCAAAUGAUAGAGGAUCUGAACUCUGUUUUCAUUAUAUGUGAAGGUUAAUAUCGUUUUCUGUGUCUUUUUUAAGGCAUCUUAGGAUAAGAGAAAUUACAUUAUUCUGGCUCGGAUAGUAAGCAUUUCCAUGAUUUAAAUGUUGCUAAAAAGAUUUUUAUUAAAAUUUAGCCAACUUUAAGGGAAAAGAGUCUUAGAGACUUUUUGUCAGUUCUACUCACAAUGACUGUAUAACACCCUAUCUCAUUAUAUGUGGCAGAAGCAUCAUGGUACAUGCCAACUUGACUUUUUAUUUCAAGAUGUUUGUCUUGAAGGCCUCGUCUAAUCUUUCCUUGUGGGCUCUUGGUAUAUUGUGAAUCUAGCACACUACAAAGAAGGUAGUGAAUGAUAAAAAGGAAUCAGUUUUAGUAAGGUCUCACCUCUCCCACUAACUGUCUAAGUGGCAGCACAAGGUAAUUAUCUCAGAGGGUUUUCAGAAACUAAUUUGAUAAUGCAAGUGAAAUGCCUGGCAGGGAUACUGGUUUGGUUAAAUACUCUUAAGUUUUAAAUGCCUUUGAAUUUGCUCUCUGAUGUCCAAUAUUAAAAAACCAGAGGAAUGCCAAAAUUCUACAAAUCAAAGAAGGGAAAAGUAAAGGCAUUUAGUAUAUUUAGGACAAAAGGGAACCACGUGGAGUUUCUUAUUGGAUGCUUACAUAA